ACCAGAGUGUCUAUGUCACUCUAAAGAAAGAAUUUAAGAAGUGCGAGUGAGGAAACGGACGGUAUAAUUUUGUAGAAUAUUCUGUGGAAAUUGGAAAAGGUUAAUGAAUCAGCAGCGCAUAAAGUCGUAAUAAAACAUGUUCGAUUAGUUUUCUACAAAGUUAUUUUAAGUUAACUCUUUAUUUCAUUGUGUAAUACGUAUAUUCGUCUGACCACCACGACUACUACUACAUUAAAAUGGCGACGGACCCAGCGAAACACCGCAUGCAUGUUUUCAAGAAUACGGGCAAGGAUGUGGACGAAAUGCGCAGGCGGAGGAACGAAGUGACAGUUGAACUGAGAAAGAAUAAAAGAGAGGAGACUUUACAAAAGCGUAGAAAUGUGCCAGCCAGCUACUCUACAGACGAAGAUGACUUGGAUAGGAACCUGGCCCCGAUCGAUCUCGAGGACCUGGUUAUGAAAGCGGCGAACAUGGAAAAUCCAGAGAUGCAAAUAACAGCCGUGCAGCAGUGUCGGAAACUGCUGUCGUCCGACAAGAACCCGCCUAUCGAUGACUUGAUAAAGACUGGAAUCCUCCCCAUACUAGUUCAGUGCCUUUCAAGGGUGGACAACCCGACACUACAGUUCGAAGCUGCGUGGGCGCUCACCAACAUCGCGUCUGGCACCUCGGCACAGACCAACAAAGUCGUUCACGCGGGUGCAGUACCUCUAUUCCUCCAAUUGUUGAUGUCUCCACAUGAAAAUGUGUGUGAGCAAGCUGUGUGGGCACUCGGCAACAUCAUUGGUGAUGGCCCAGUUCUGCGUGACUUAGUUGUAGAACUGGGAGUGGUGCGACCUCUGCUUAGCUUCAUAAAACCUGAGAUCCCUAUAUCGUUCUUGCGCAACGUUACGUGGGUGAUCGUGAACCUGUGUAGGAGCAAGGACCCACCACCACCAGUUAAAACCAUCCAGGAGAUUCUGCCUGCGCUCAAUGUACUCAUCACUCAUUCUGACCUAAAUAUAUUAGUAGACACAGUAUGGGCAAUAAGUUAUUUAACAGAUGGUGGCAAUGAACAAAUCCAAAUGGUUAUAGACUCAGGCAUAGUUCCCAAGCUGAUUCCCCUGCUCUCACACAAGGAGGUCAAGACACAGACGGCAGCCCUGAGGGCUGUGGGCAACAUUGUGACAGGGACGGACGAACAGACCCAGGUGGUGCUCAACUGUGACGCACUGUCACACUUCCCAGCACUACUGUCGCAUCCAAAAGAGAAGAUCUGCAAAGAAGCAGUCUGGUUCUUAUCCAACAUCACAGCGGGCAACAAGCAACAAGUGCAAGCAGUCAUUGACGCGGGCCUGCUCCCCAAGAUUGUGGAGAACCUCAGCAAGGGAGAGUUCCAGACGCAGAAAGAGGCCGCGUGGGCCGUCUCCAACCUCAGCAUCAGUGGCACCAAGGAUCAAGUGGCCACACUCAUCAACUGUGGAGUCAUCCCGCCAUUCUGCAACCUCCUCGCAUGCAAGGAUACACAAGUUAUCAAUGUGGUGUUGGACGGGCUCAGCAACAUGCUGAAGAUGGCGGGCGACAAUGUGGACCAGGUGGCCAACAUGAUUGAGCAGUGCGGCGGCAUCGACAAGAUAGAGGAGCUGCAGGGCCACGAGAAGGUGGAGAUCUACAAGAUGGCCUAUGACAUCAUUGAGCAAUACUUUGCUGAUGAGGAAGAAGACGCGACGCUAGUGCCGGCCGCCGCCGACGCCGGGUUCCAGUUCGACCCCGCGGCCGCACAGCGCGACCCCUUCCGCUUCUGAGCCGCGACCCCCUGCCGCCACGCGCACCCCUACGCUCUGUGCUACUGAGCGACUCACUACACGGACCGACUGUUGGAAAACUGACUAGAGCCUUUCGCAAAACAAAUUACUAUGUGGACUAUUCAGAGACUAUUGAAGAACCGCUCGGCAGACUGGACUAUGAAAUAAUGUUUGAAUAUCGAGGGGAAAGUUGACAAAAUGUGGAUUAUUUGGAGAAACACUCGACUGACUGAACUAUAAAAUAGUGUUGCUUGAGUAAAUAUUGAUACUGAUGUUUAAAUUAAAAAAAUUUGGAAUCUUGUCUUCUAUGUGUGACUGCAAACUUGACAGAUACUGAAGUAGAAAUACACAAGCAUGGACUUAUCGAAAAGAUCAAGUUUAGAGACUACAAAUUACAUAUUUGCAACUGCAAUAAUAUUAAUCAUAGGCCGCUAAGUUAAGAACCUUACAUAUUAACAAUACUUAUUUUUAAUGAAUACUACAUUUCAGAAGAUGGACAUUUUAUGGAGCUUCCAAAUGUUUUCAUUUCUUACAAAUAUAUAUGGAAUAUUGAUCUUUAACAAAAGAAUUGGUUAUUGAAGUAAUAAUAGAUAACUAACCAAUUUAGUUUCAUGAACAAGAUUACACUGAGAGAUUUCUUAACGCUCAAAUCUUGUUUUUGGAUUAAAAAUUUUUGAAUUUUGAUCUGUCUGCUGAGACGUACAACUUGUACAAUUAUUUUAUUGUAAAAAAAAAUUGAAUGAAACCGACGAAAAGUGUACCGAAGCUUAACUAGACUUUGGUAAAGCCCCGUGCCGACUGUGCGAACUAUCGUUAUGUAUUGUCAAUUCAUGUUUGAAUUUUCUUUUUAUUAAUAUUGAUUGCUCCAUUGUACGGUUCGUGUACUCUGCACUCGGCUUGCGUUGUUGAAUAUUGUCCUUUGUUUCCUGUGACAUCAAUGGAUAAUGAUUUGGUGUCAAAUGUAAUGUCACGAUGCACAGUUUCCAUGUCAUGGAGUUUGAUUGAUUACGGUCGAUGAACUAUACAGGAUUGUCAGUAUUCAUGCGUGAGGUUGUUGCAUACAGAUUGAUUUUACAGUCUGUCCGUAAGUGUUUAUCGUUAAUGUGGUGGUGUUUAAGGAAUCAUUAUGUUAGGACCCGAUGGAUUGACGAACGAGUCUUGUUUUAAAAUGUAAUUGAUAUUUAUCAUUUGAUGUGAAGUGUUCACGUUUGUUGAUCGUUCGUCGGUCGACGGGGGACGUUAAGCAAAAAGGCUGCAGCACUGACCAUGGACUGGAACGAGUCUUCAGACACUGAUCCGAUGAUGUGGAUAGGUUUUAUGAAUAAAAUAGUAUCGAAUAAGAUAUAUAAAUGUAUUUAGAGUACGGAAUGCGUACUCAGGCUAAAUUGUGCGGAUCAAUGUAUGUUGUGUACAUAAUGUAUAGGUGCUGCGGUUUCGUUGUGAUGCAACUCUAUUGUGAUGUUUGAAUAUUUCAUUUGUUUUUCGAUUUCGUAUAAUAAUUAUAACGGACGAAACAAAAAUUUUAUAGCUUUAAAGUUAAGUGCCGCGAAAUACGUGACUAGUGUACUGGGGGCCUUAUAUCUCUUGUCGUUUGAAAAUGAUUUGCGACUUGUGACGUCAGUGACUAGAGUCUCUGGUGUGUCACGAUGGUGUCACAUUCGUGUGACGUCAGUAACUAGAGUCUCUGGUGUGUCACGAUGGUGUCACAUUCGUGUGACGUCAGUAACUAGAGUCUCUGGUGUGUCACGAUGGUGUCACAUUCGUGUGACGUCAGUAACUAGAGUCUCUGGUGUGUCACGAUGGUGUCACAUUCGUGUGACGUCAGUAACUAGAGUCUCUGGUGUGUCACGAUGGUGUCACAUUCGUGUGACGUCAGUGACUAGAGUCUCUGGUGUGUCAUGAUAGUGCCACAUACGUGUGACGUCAGUGACUACAGUAUCUGGUGUCACGAUACGGUGUUACAUUCGUGUGACGUCAGUAACUAGUCUCUGGCGUGUCACGAUGAUGUCAGAGACGAGGGCCCAGCUUUCGAUUGAAAUGCUUUUUGAUAUAACAUAGUAUUUAUGUUUGAUUUUAACCGAAAGCGUCCACCGCCUCGUGCGGCGGGCGCCAUUUUAGGAAAUUAUGGUUUUCAAUUAAACACAAUGAUUUAUUAUUAUUAUAUCAGUAAACAAUAAAUUCUGUCCAAACAUUACAA